AAAAUAAAAGGUACUUCAAGACCAGUGUGGCAGGAAAUGCACAUUGAGUCUAAGUUCUGUGAUAACCAAUCAGAUGCAUUUGACAGUGUGACAUACAGUAUUGUGGUCAUGUGACAUCACCUCCUUAACCCAUUGAAAUACCAGCAAGUUUCCAAAUCACAGACACUGUCAAGAUGAUCCUGUUAUGGGUUACACUGCUUGUUCUUCAUCAAGGAUAUGCGCUGGUUCCAGUGACCACAGUUCAACUUGGUGAACCUGUGACUUUAACUUGUGUUUUGCCUGAUGAGUUUAAUGACAGACUCCACUGGUACAAGCAGAGUGCCGGGGAGACUCUGAAAUUAAUUGUGAGACUGCGUAAACAUGUAAACCCUGUGUAUGGACCAGAGUUUUCUGCCGUGAGAUUGGAUGUGAAGGUUUAUAAGAAUAUUAGCAGUCUGACCAUUUUAAGGACGAUUCAAGAAGAUGAGGGAAUGUAUCACUGUGCAUUCGUGGACUGGAUUGAGAUUACUUGGACCGGCACCUAUUUGUCAUUAAAAGGAAACACUCAGAGGACAUCAAACUAUGCUGUUGUUCAGUGGCCGACAGUAUCUGAUCCAGUCCGUCCAGAAGCCUUGAUGACUCUCCAGUGUUCAGUCCUCUCUGACUCUGAGAAUAAAAUGUGUCCAGGAGAUCACAGUGUGUUCUGGUUCAGAGCCGGAUCAGAUAAAUCUCAUCCAAACAUCAUCUACACUGAUGGAAAUAGACGUGAUGAAUGUGACAGGAACUCUGACACUCAGAAGAGUUGUGUUUAUCGCUUCUCUAAGAACGUCAGCUCCUCUGAUGCUGGGACUUACUACUGUGCUGUGGCCACAUGUGGACAGAUAUUAUUUGGAGAUGGAACUAAAGUGGAGAUUGAAGGAACCAGUACGUGCUCACAGAAUGCAGAUGCACUUAUUUUUCUGCUGUGUGCUGUCUUGGCUAUAAGUCUGACUGUCAUAGCUGUCCUCGUUUACACCAUCAAGAAAAACAUGUCUGAUUGUGACAACGUUGCUGUUGCCGUGCAGAGAAACCUUCAUGGUCAGAAAAGUCAGCAGAGAGAUGAGGACACACAGGUUUAUUCUGCUGUCGUCUUCACCGUGAUGAAAACUGGCAGUGGUGCAAUAAAGGAUUCAAGAGCAGCAGAGAGACAGAGGAUCUAUGCUGCUGUCAAGGCUUUUGGGUUGGAUUAGUGAGGUCACAGGUCUGUUUGCCAUCAGCCGGUACUGUGUGAUGUAAUUAAUGUUGGUCUGUUACGAGCUGAAGGAUUUUUUUAUGUGGCUAUUAGGUAAUGAUGUGCAUGCAGGUGUCUGCAAGGGCCUGCUUGGUCCACGUUGAUAAGAUAAAUGUCACCAUUCAACCCUGUCUAUGAGGGUCUGCCAGAUGCCUAUGUGGGCAUCUGUGUGCAGCCCAUUUUUUGAGACCCCACCUUCAGAAAAAGCUGCGCAUCCAGCAUCUUUUUUCAAAGCACUCCAGCUUUUUAAUGUGGCCACUCCAAGUGCUUCCAGUUUGAAACCUCAGAACUUCUCACAAAGAUGCUGGUGACGUCACAGCCGUUCCUUUAGCAGCUGUAUGAUAUGUCAGUCAGAAACCAUCACCAUCACAGCAAAGACAGAACAGUCCAUUUGUGGGAGCAGACGACCAGACGCUGAAUGUUGCUGGUGAGUGUUGUGCUUUCAUUAACGUACGCAUUGUAAGCUUGUUGUUGAAUGUGUAGUUAACCCUAUGUUAAGGUAUCAUUACGUUAGCUACCAAGCUAAUAUUAGUGUCAUGAUCUUGUUGUCAUAGAAACCUACCAUGUGCAGCACAUCAUUAAAAUAAGCGUUGGGAGUGAAUGUGGCCAUGUGGACGCUGGCCCUAAAGAAAGAAGCUAGGUGUCAGUUAACAUGGACAUUACUCAAAUAAGUUUUUUUCUCUCAAAGUGGGAGUAACUGUAAAUAUGGAAUUUUCCAAUGGAUCAGUGUUGGCACAGAUAUAUUAGGUGGAUCAGAUCUGUUUUUGUUUUUGUUUAUUUUUGUUGUUGUGCUUGUGUAACUACUCUUGAACCUGAUUGGUAACUCUGUUAAACUGUGUCAAUAAAUAAAACACACUGCUUUCUAACAUCAAUCUGUUGCUGCUGGUGUGAUCUGUUACGGUGCAAAACAAGAGUUGGUCAUCAAGAAUCACUGAAAUCAAUCCAAAAGACACAAACAGAAUUCAUCAAGUUUCUAACCUUAACAACUUUACAGGUAUACUGUCGUAUUUGUGAUGAAUGAAGAUGCAGUCACUCCAUAUGAGAAGAUGAUAUAAAUAUCUUAUGCCAUAUUCAUAUGUAAGCAAAACAACAGAAGCAAACAGAAGUAACUGUCUGUCAGUCACUCACACUCUAUAGCAGGAAAGUACACUUCAAAAUAAAA